UAAUACCGACCUUUGUAUUGGAGGUAAACAUGUAAUUGAUGUUUUAGCGACCGAAGGUCAACUGUUUACUGCUUGUUUACCUACAAAAGCGAAUGGACGCGGCGAUGGACUCAUGGCCUGAGGUGAUUCAACUGACUGAACUGCAUGUACUGAGUGAAACUGUAAGCUUACUGUAAACACAAAGCUGCUUCUUCACUCAGACUCACUCCUUGUGUCCAGACCUCGCUCUUUUUCCGCCAUGAACUUCUUCUUAGAGACUCUGAAGGUUCUCUCGUUGUCGGUGGUCUACUACCUGGAGGCGUUUUUCCGGCUGUUUGUGCCGGUGCGGAGGAAGAGUGUUGAGGGAGAGGUGGUGUUAAUGACCGGAGCUGGAUCUGGACUCGGCCGGAUCAUGGCGCUGGAGUUCGCGCGACUCGGCGCGCGCCUUGUGCUCUGGGACAUCGACGAGGCGGGGAACCUGGAGACCGCGCGCCUUAUCAAGGAAACACACGGCGCGCGAGCGCACACCUACACCUGCGACUGCAGCAGCCGAGAGGAGGUGUACAAAGUGGCGGACCGGGUCAAACGUGAAGUGGGUGACAUCACUAUUCUGGUGAACAAUGCCGGCAUUGUCACAGGGAAAAAGUUCCUGCAAUCUCCAGACUCGCAUAUAGAGAAGACUAUGGAGGUCAACAGCAUGGCCCAUUUCUGGACGUGCAAGGCUUUUCUCCCAGCGAUGAUUGCUGCAAACCAUGGCCAUUUGGUCAGCAUAGCUAGCUCAGCUGGCCUUAUCGGUGUCAGCGGACUGGCAGAUUACUGUGCUAGCAAGUUUGCGGCAGUAGGCUUUGCAGAGUCCAUGGCUCUUGAGAUGUUGGCUAUUGGCUGUGAUGGAGUGAAGACCACCAUAGUGUGUCCCUUCUUCAUCAACACUGGAAUGUUUGAUGGAGCUAACACAAAGUGGCCGAGACUCAUGCCCAUUUUAGAGCCGGAUUACGUGUGUCGAAAAAUUGUUGAUGCUGUUCGGAGAGAUCAAGUCUAUCUAUAUCUGCCUCGUAGCAUCUAUCUAUCCAUCGCUCUAAAGAAUAUUUUGCCUGUUAAAUUAGGAGUACUGCUUGGUGAAUAUUUAGGAGCAUUUGACUUUAUGGCUAAGUUCAAAGGGCAUGGCAAGAAGAGCAACUGAAGUCUGAGGAAACAUGAACCCCCUCCGUAGAGCUUCAGGAACAUCGGCUGUGUUUUCAGUGACAUUAGUUAUUAAUAGGGUGGACCAAAGCUGCACGGAGAUGAAUAAAGCAAUGAAGAAUUAUUAUUUAACUAUAUACAAGCAUGUCAAUGCAAACUACUAUUGGCUCUAAGCUAUAACCACUCAACGCACUUAAUCUGGAGAAUAAAUCAAAUGUUCCAGUAUAAUAACAAUGUAAUAAUUGUAUUGUCUGUCUAGAUGUGUAGAACAAUACUGUUUGUAUUUUAUGAAGAUACUAAUUUGUAAUCUGAAGCAGCUACAACAUAUUGGUUGUAAAUGUAUCAUGAAAUAAAUCUAAUGAAGUUCACAGUGUA